AACAAAGCAAUAAUAAUUGGUCUCUAUAUGAUUAGGUAAAUUGAUUUCAAUUAAGCCUUAUGCAAAUUCCUCUUUGCGUCGAUCAUUUACUAUAUCAAUUUAACGCAUAAAUAUGUAUGGCGUUGAAGAUACGUGUGUAUGUAUGAUAUUCUCAUCGUUGAUCCAAAAUUGAACUAAACCUGCCUCAGUUGCGUCUUGUGUAUACUGCGGCGUAGACGUUCGAUUUCGAUUUCUGAAAACGAUGAAGAGCGAGUGCAUUAUCGAGAAGAUAAGAAAUAAAUUGAAGGAUUCUAAUCCUGAGCGUCGCACUGUUUUAAGUGUAUUCCAAUUCAAUUUCAUCGAUACUGAUGGCAAGCUAAUUAAAAAUGUGGUUUUUGAUUUUAAAGAUCUGAAUAUCUAUGAUGGCACAACAGACGCGGCUGAUGCGGAAGUCACCAUAUCUGAUGAUGACUUUUAUUUAGUGGGUACAAAGGAGACAACAUUCGAUAAACUUGUGUCCGAUAAUAAAGCGUUGGUCAAGGGAGAUAUGACGGCCUUUGACAAGAUGCUGGGCAAGUUUCGUUCGGCUACCGAUAAGUGAUUAACAAGAGAUUUGGUCAAAGCUGCUCAAUUAUUCAUCCAUUUGUACUAAACAGUAAUUUUUUUCAAAAAUGGAAUUUAGAUGCGUUUAGAACGCGUUCAUAUCCAUACUUAUGUACACUCCAUACUUGAUUACCUAAUUAAUAUAUUAAAAUUGUAUGACUAGUAGAUAAUAAUACAAGUUUAUACUUUUAAACCGAAA